CUGGAUGUUAGCUGGCUGUUAGCCCAUGCUGCUUCCUACCGGAGCCGGUUGUAACGGUGAUGGCUCUCCCAUGAGGCGGGGGAGCGGGACUGAGUUUUCUGUCUAAACGUCGACUGAAAGGGCCGUGGCCAUGGCCGGGGUUUUCGACAUCGAUUUGGAUCAACCGGAUGAGAAUGUCUCUGACGACGAACUUGAGGACGGGGGCCAGCUCAGUGAAUACAUGGACCAGUGCAGUGGCUUUGAAUUUAACAUGGAUGACUGUGAGAAGUUUGAAAUUUCAGAGAACAGCGUCAACAAGGGAACAGAGCAGAUCAGGCCUGAGUGCUUUGAGCUGCUGAAAGUUUUGGGAAAAGGUGGCUAUGGAAAGGUGUUUCAAGUUCGGAAGGUAUCAGGUGGUGCUUCUGGGAAGAUAUUCGCUAUGAAGGUUUUGAAGAAGGCCAUGAUUGUGCGCAAUGCCAAGGACACAGCGCACACCAAAGCCGAGAGGAACAUCCUGGAGGAGGUGAAGCAUCCUUUUAUUGUGGACCUCAUCUAUGCCUUCCAGACAGGGGGGAAGUUGUACCUUAUCCUGGAGUAUCUGAGCGGAGGAGAGCUGUUUAUGCAGCUGGAAAGAGAAGGCAUCUUCAUGGAAGACACAGCAUGUUUCUACCUGGCUGAGAUUUCGAUGGCGUUGGGUCAUCUGCACCAAAAAGGCAUCAUCUAUAGAGACCUGAAGCCUGAAAACAUCAUGCUCAACAACAACGGACACGUGAAGUUGACGGACUUCGGUCUAUGCAAAGAGUCCAUCCAUGAUGGAACGGUCACCCACACCUUCUGCGGCACUAUCGAAUACAUGGCUCCAGAGAUCCUAAUGAGGAGCGGACAUAACCGAGCAGUGGACUGGUGGAGUUUGGGAGCUCUCAUGUAUGACAUGCUGACAGGAGCACCUCCAUUCACUGGUGAAAACCGAAAGAAGACGAUUGACAAAAUCUUGAAAUGCAAACUCAGCCUUCCACCUUACCUCACACAAGAAGCCAGGGACCUCCUGAAAAAGCUGCUGAAACGAAAUGCUUCAUUACGACUCGGGGCUGGACCGGGAGAUUCUGCUGAGGUCCAGGCCCACCCGUUCUUCCGUCAUAUAAAUUGGGACGACCUCCUCGCUCGCAAAGUAGAGCCUCCGUUUAAACCGUACCUGCAAUCGGCUGAUGACGUCAGCCAGUUCGACUCCAAGUUCACCAGCCAGACUCCGGUGGACAGCCCCGACGACUCUACGCUCAGCGAGAGUGCCAACCAAGUCUUCCUGGGUUUCACAUAUGUAGCCCCAUCUGUGCUGGAAAACGUCAAGGAGAAGUUCUCUUUCGAGCCAAAGGUGCGCUCACCACGGAAGUUCCCUGGAAGCCCAAGAACACCUGUGAGUCCAGUGAAGUUUGUAGGAGCGGACUGCUGGCCUCGGGGACCCACGCUGACCGGCAGCACUGUGGAGCAACCCAUGGAGGUGUCGACAGUGGAGCAAAUGGACACGAGCGUCAGCGGCGCCUCCGAGGCCUCCGCGCCUCUUCCCAUCAGGCACCCUUCAGGCAUCAACGCAGGGCUCUACAAAAAGCAGGCCUACCCCAUGAACUCCAAGCGACCAGAACACCUACGAAUGAACCUAUGACGCUCGGCUCACCUGCGAACAUUUAGGACUCUUCCAAUUCCUCAUCCUCUUCCCUUUAGUUGUUUUCUUUUAAAAAGACUUGUAGGAUUUUUUUAAAGAAUUGACUGACACUGUCAGUGCUGAUCACCAGCUCUUCCAGCAGCGCCUUCCCAUCCUUCCCGACUCCGCCUGAAGCCGAUAAUCAGCAGUUGAGGUUCAGUAGACGUGUGGUCAGACGGAGGAGUUGUGAAAGAAGUGGUUUUGGUGCACUCAACUGGCAUUAUCAUAUGAUUUACUGGUGCUCUUUUAUCCUCAAGUCUGGACAAUGUCACUCGUAGUGUUACAGACUCCAUCACAGUGAGAGAAUUUGGUUACUUUAAUUUUCCAGGCUUUUAUGUUAUUUAUCUUAUGAUAAAAAGCUGCAGAUCACGCUGUCAGUAGGUAGAAUUAUUGGAUAACACUUCCACAACGAACACAGUAGUUAACAGUCACAUUGCCUUUGUCACUCACUGGAGCGUGCGGUCAGGAGGAGGUGGAGCACCACUUACAGAAAAAAGCAGCUAUAAAAAGAAGUGAAAUCUCAGCUGAAAGCAUCACUUCCAACACAAUCAAUACCAAAACGCUGGCACUGCUUUCUGUUAGAGGCCUGUCCAGAAGCACUGUUCAGUUUCUUUGUGUUGAAUGUAAACAGACACUCAAUGCCUUUUUUGUGUGUUAAAGAAAUAGUUUUGACUUUUUUUUUUAAGUGGGGUUGUAUGAGUGACUUAUCCAUAGUCAGGGCACUGAUGGCACAUUUAAUCAGUGGAGCUGAUUAGUAGUGGGAAGGAAAAUUUGACAUGUCAAAACGUUAUUUGUAGAUAUGUGUAAAACAAUUUUACCGGCGUACAAAUAUGUUUUCACAUGUAGAAAUUACAUUUCAACUGUGAAAACAGAUUUACAGAUAUUUGACGUAAUUACAGAUAUCAGUAAUUACUUUUUUAACCAGAAAGAAAAGUGACUACAGAUAUCUUAUGUUUAAUUUCCACAUUUUGAAAAAGCAAUGUGACUAGUGGAAAGAUAUCAACAAUUGUAUUUUGGAUAUGGCCAACACAUCAUCAAACCAUCUCAGGCUUUUUUUGUAUAGUAUUUCAUACAACAGGGCAAUUCAAAGUGCUUUACAGAGCAAUAAAAUAUAAAAAAUAAUAAUAAAGGAUACAGAUUUACAAUCAGAGUAAAGAGCUAAAAUACAAAA